GCCGGAUCGCACCGAACAGGCAAUGACAACGGCCUCAGCAACUCCGCAGCAGAUGAGAGACCGGCUGCUGCAGGCCAUCGAUAGUCACAGCAAUGUGAGUAGCUAGCAACACGAUGUGGCUAUCUGGACGCAUAUUUGUCGUCAUAUUUAUUUAUUUAAAAACAACAUGCCAAAUAUCCACUGAUAAAUGCUAGCUAAUAAUACACGCUUGUGAGUUGACACAUUGCUUGCUAGCUUAAGUUAGCUAGCCACUGUAGCUAGUUCACGCUAACAAAUUUGCUACGCUAACGUUACCGGGCGCUAGCUAGCUUCGUUGCUAGCCUGGCCAACAGGGUAAUGUUUAACCAACUAUGUUGAAAACAAGUUAGCUUAACUCUUGAUACACUAAAUGGAUAUCAGCCGAAAUAACGUUAGCCUAACGUUAGUUAGUUAUCUAUCUAGCCCACUUCACUUGACGUUUCUCCCAUUCCUCGCCCGCGUCAUACACGUUGUUGCGUAGCUAUCUAGCAAGAUAGUAGCUACUACCUAACUUAACUAACGUUAGUUGGUUGGCUAGUUAGUUAACUUGUCAAUAUGAGUGAGGUCGAAUUUGCUUUGUUAUUUAUUGGCAAGCGUAUUUUCUAAUUCCUUCACCGAACUGACUUUACUAGUUAGCCAAUGAGCCAGCGAAUGAAACUUCUGUUUCAAAAAAGUGUGUAUCUGAUAAAUGCUAGCUAAUCACAUGACAUGACUAUCUUGUUAUCCAAUACCUAUAUAAACACUUGUAGUGAUGUUGGCUAAGGUUUGGGUAACUUAGUUAACUUAACUCAACUAGAAGUCAACUACAGUAGCUACCUUAGCUGCAAUGGCUAUGCAGUGGACUCUUCAUUGCUAGCUAGAUUAAAAGUAGCUUCAGAUCAGGUUAACACGGCUUGCCUCAUGUCAUGUACCUAGUUUUCAGGCUGUCUUAUUCAGUGUUUCCUACUAUGGACAAGAUAACUAGCUUCCGAUACCUAAGCUAUGUGCAACAAGCUACUGUAAAAUGCUUUAAAUAAUUGUAGGCAAAACGAACGUAUUUUCACGAUUUCAGUUAUAUCAUCAAAAUCAAUACAUCAAAGCACGUUUUGGGCUCAUUCAGUAGUUUUUACGUGAUUAAGUAGAAUCCUGUUGAUAUUCCUAAAACAUACGUUAAAUGGUACUGUUGCUGCUUCCUGUUAUCGAUUUUUGAUUUGUAGCCCAGUGUCAAUAUGCUGAAAUGGGUUGUGAUAUUUUGAAGAUAAACAUCAAAAUUACUCCCUUUCAGAAAGUAUUCAGACCGCCUGACUUUUUCCACAUUUUGUUAGGUUACAGCCUUAUUCUAAAAUGUAUUAAAUUGUUUUUUUUCCUGAUCAAUCUAAACAAUACCCCACAAUGACAAAUCAAAAACAGGUUUUUAGAAAUGUUUGCUAAUUUAUCAAAAAACAAAACAAAAAAAACUAUCACAUAAGUAUUCAGACCCUUUACUCAGUACUUUGUUGAAGCAUCUUUGGCAGCAAUAACCGCCUCAAGUCUUCUUGGGUAUGACGCUACAAGCUUGGCACUCCUGUAUUUGAGGAGUUUCUCCCAUUCUUCUCUGCAGAUCCUCUCAAGCUCUGUCAGGUUGGAUGGGGAGCGUCGCUGCACAGCUAAUUUCAGGUUUCUCCAGAGAUGUUCGAUCGGGUUCAAGUCCGGGCUCUGGCUGGGCCACUCAGGGACAUUCAGAGACUUGUCCCGAAGCCACUCCUGCGUUGUCUUGGCUGUGUGCUUAGGGUCGUUGUCCUGUUGGAAGGUGAACCUUCGGCCCAGUCUGAGGUCCUGAGCGCACUGGAGGUUUUCAUGAAGGAUCUCUCUGUACUUUGCUCUGUUCAUCUUUGCCACGAUCCUGACUAGUCUCCCAGUCCCUGCCGCUGAAAAACAUCCCCACAGCAUGAUGCUGCCACCACUAUGCUUCACCAUAGGGAUGGUGCCAGGUUUCCUCUAGACGUGAUGCUUGGCAUUCAGGCCAAAGAGUUCAAUCUUGGUUUCAUCAUUUACAUUUAAGUCAUUUAGCAGACGCUCUAAUCCAGAGCGACUUACAAAUUGGUGCAUUCAACUUAGGAUAGCCAGUGGGACCUCCACCCCCUUUUUAUUUUUUUAUUUUAUGGGGGGGUGGGGUAGAAGGAUUACUGUUAUACUAUUCCAGGUAUUCCUUAAAGAGGUAGGGUUUCAAGUGUCUCCGGAAGGUGGUCAGUGACUCCGCUGUCCUGGCGUCGUGGGGGAGCUUGUUCCACCAUUGGGGUGCCAGAGCAGCGAAUAACUUUGACUGGGCUGAGAGGGAACUGUGCUUCCGUAGAGGUAGGGGGGCUAGCAGGCCAGAGGUGGAUGAACGUAGUGCCCUCGUUUGGGUGUAGGAUCAGAGCCUGAAGGUAAGGAGGUGCCGUUCCCCUCACAGCUCCGGAGGCAAACACCAUGGUUUUGUAGUAGAUGCAAGCUUCAACUGGAAGCCAGUGGAGUGUGCGGAGGAGCGUGGUGACAUGAGAGAACUUGGGAAGGUUGAACACCAGACGGGCUGCAGCGUUCUGGAUAAGUUGUAGGGGUUUAAUGGCACAUGCAGGGAGCCCAGCCAACAGCGAGUUGCAGUAAUCCAGACGGGAGAUGACAAGCGCCUAGAUUAGGACCUGUGCCUCUUUCUGUGUAAGGUAGGGUCAUACUCUGCGAAUGUUGUAGAGCAUGAACCUGUAGGAUCGGGUCACCACUUUGAUGUUAGCGGAGAACGACAGGGUGUUGUCCAGGGUCACACCAAGGUUCUUUGCACUCUGGGAGGAGGACACAAUGGAGUUGUCAACUGUGAUGGCGAGAUCAUGGAGCGGGCAGUCCUUCCCCGGGAGGAAGAGCAUCUCUGUCUUGCCGAGGUUCAGCUUGAGGUGGUGAUCCGACAUCCACACUGAUAUGUCUGCCAGACAUGCAUAGAUGCGAUUCAGCACCUGGUUAUCAGAAGGGGGGAAUGGAGAUAAUUAAUUGUGUGUCGUCUGCGUAGCAAUGAUAGAAUAGACCAUGUGAGGAUAUGACAGAUCCAAGUGACUUGGUGUAUAGAGAGAAUAGGAGAGGGCCUAGAACUGAGCCCUGGGGGACACCAGUGGUGAGAGCACGUGGUGCGGAGACAGAUUCUCGCCACGCCACCUGGUAGGAGCGACCUGUCAGGUAGGACGCAAUCCAAGAGUGAGCAGCGCCUCAGAUGCCCAACUCGGAGAGGGUGGAGAGGAGGAUCUGAUGGUUCACAGUAUCAAAGGCAGCAGAUAGGUCUAGAAGGAUAAGAGCAGAGGAGAGCGUUAGCUUUAGCAGUGCGGAGAGCCUCCGUGACACAGAGAAGAGUAGUCUCAGUUGAAUGACCAUUCUUGAAACCUGACUGGUUUGGAUCAAGAAGGUCAUUCUGAGAGAGAUAGCAGGAGAGUUGGCUAGAGACGGCACGCUCAAGAGUUUUGGAGAGAAAAGAAAGAAGGGAUACUGGUCUGUAGUUGUUGACAUCGGAGGGAUCGAGUGUAGGUUUUUUGAGGAGGGGUGCAACUCUCGCUCUCUUGAAGAUGGAAGGGACAUAGCCAGCGGUCAAGGAUGAGUUGAUGAGCGAGGUGAGGUAAGGGAGAAGGUGUCCAGAAAUGGUCUGGAGAAGAGAGGAGGGGAUAGGGUCAAGCAGGCAGGUUGUUGGGUGGCCGGCCAUCACAAGUCGCAAGAUUUUAUCUGGAGAGAGAGGGGAGAAAGAAGUCAAAGCGUAGGGUAGGGCAGUGUGAGCAGAACCAGCGGUGUCAUUUGACUUAGUAAAUGAGGAUCAGAUGUCGUCAACCUUCUUUUCAAAAUGGUUGACAAAGUCAUCCAUAGAGAGGGAGGAGGAUUCAGCAGGGAGGAGAAGGUGGCAAAGAGCUUCCUAGGGUUAGAGGCAGAGGCUUUAAAUUUAGAGUGGUAGAAAGUGGCUUUAGCAGCAGAAACAGAGGAAGAAAAUGUAGAGAGGAGGGAGUGAAAAGAUGACCGGUCCGCAGGGAGUCUAGUUUUCCUCCAUUUCCGCUCGGCUGCCCGGAGCCCUGUUCUGUGAGCUCACAAUGAGCCGUCAAGCCACGGAGCAGGAGGGGAGGACCAAGCCGGCCAGGAGGAUAGGGGACAUAGAGAGUCAAAAGAUGCACAAAGGGAGGAGAGGAGGGUUGAGGAGGCAGAAUCAGGAGAUCGGAGGGAGAAGGAUUUAGCAGAGGGAAGAGAUGAUAGGAUGGAAGAGGAGAGAGUAGCGAGAGAGAGCGACGGUUGCGACGGCACAUUACCAUCUGAGUAGGGGCAGAGUGAGUAGUGUUGGAGGAGAGCGAGAGAGAAAAGGAUACAAGGUAGUGGUUGGAGACUUGGAGGGGAGUUGCAGUGAGAUUAGUAGAAGAACAGCAUCUAGUAAAGAUGAGGUCAAGCGUAUUGCCUGCCUUGUGAGUAGGGGGGACGGUGAGGUCAAAAGAGAAAAGAAUGAGGCAGAGAGAAAUGAGUCAAAGGCAGACGUAGGGAGGUUAAAGUCACCCAGAACUGUGAGGGGUGAGCCAUUCUCAGGAAAGGAACUUAUCAAGGCGUCAAGCUCAUUGAUGAACUUUCCAAGGGAACCUGGAGGGCGAUAAAUGAUAAGGAUGUUAAGCUUGAAUGGGCUAGUGACUGUGACAGCAUGGAAUUCAAAUGAGGAGAUAGACAGAUGGGUCAGGGGGAAAAGAGAGAAUGUCCACUUGGGAGAGAUGAGGAUUCCUGUGCCACCGCCGCGCUGACCAGAUGCUCUCGGGGUAUGUGAGAACACAUGAUCAGACGAGGAAAGAGCAGUAGGACUAGCAGUGUUUUCUGUGGUAAUCCAUGUUUCCGUCAGCGCCAAGAAGUCGAGGGACUGGAGGGUAGCAUAGGCUGAGAUGAACUCUGCCUUGUUGGCCGCAGAACGGCAGUUCCAGAGGCUGCCGGAGACCUGGAACUCCACGUGGGUCGUUCGCGCAGGGACCACAAGAUUAGAGUGGCAGCAGCCACGCGGUGUGAAGCAUUUGUAUGGCCUGUGCAGAGAGGAGAGAACAGGGAUAGACAGACACAUAGUUGACAGGCUACAGAAAAGCCUACAAUAAUGCAAAAGAGAUCGGAAUAAAAUUAACUAAACAUCUGGGGAAGCGAGAGAGUGGGGCCUCCCUCACUCACCUUUCACUGAAACACUCAAAUAUAACUCCCAACUUCCACUUUAGAGAUUAUAGUUGUUGUAAACUACAGUGGUUCAAUGUUUUCUAGGAAUAGACUAACUUAGUUUAUUCAGCUAGCUAACUUGGUACAGUAUUCUUCCGUGAAAAACCGCCCAGGGCACCGUAUCCUAUGACGCCAUUGCUAACUAGCAUGUUAGCUUCCAAUAACACACGGUUUAGCACCAAUACUCGGUUACAACAAACUACCAAUAGUGUGUUAACACACUAAACAGAUCAUUUGUGUCCUUGUCUAACGUUGUGUAAAGUUUUGGGUUAGAUUUGACAGUUUGAGUGAGUACGUCGUCAACUUAUUCAGCCAGUUAGUUAGAAUAGUUAGCAUAUUAGCUCGCCAUCGCUCUCUGUCAACGAAACAACCCCUCCCACGGUAUGAAACACACAGAGAAGGCCAAGCUAACGUUAACUAGUCACCCAUGUCUUGAAUUCCUUUUAAACGACUCUGGUUACCAGUAUGUAAAAAUAUAAUAAAAAAUAAGUGUAGGUUAUAAACUUACCCUUAGUAGCUACUGUUAGCUAGUUAAGUGUAAAGCUAGCUACUGAAUCAAUUUAGCUAGUUCGCGUCUGUCCCAACGGAGAGAAAGCGUCUCCAAAGGCAGAAGCCCGGUUAAUACAAACAUAUCUUACCAAGCCAACUAGCUAGUUAGUUAUAUAUAAUUGUUUUAGAUUAAUUCCAAAUUAGGACCAACUGUUCUAUUGGUCAUCUAGUAGCCAGCUUGUGGGGAUAACGUUACUUGUAAACAUUACAGCUAGGUCGUUCUAGCUGUUGUUUAGUUAGCUAUCCAGGUAGCAACAAGCUAGCGUUAACUCUUUAGCUAAUGAGGUUAGAAAAACAGCUGAAUGGUAGGUAGCUAGCUAGCAUAAUUACAGGUACUCUUAAGCGUUAACUAUGAAACCAUACAUUACCUUCAAUUAAUUAUCAGAUCAGAGAAUCUUGUUUCUCAUGGUCUGAGCGUUCUUUCGGUGCCUUUUGGCAAACUCUAAGCGGGCUGUCAUGUGCCUUUUUACUGAGGAGUAGCUUCUGUCUGGCCACUACCAUAAAGGCCUGAUUGAUGGAGUGCUGCAGAGAUGGUUGUCCUUCUGGAAGGUUCUCCCAUCUCCACAGAGGAACUCUGGAGCUCUGUCAGAGUAACCACCGGGUUCUUGGUCACCUCCCUGACCAAGGCCCUUCUCCCCCGAUUGCUCAGUUUGGCCGGGCCGCCAGCUCUAGGAAGAGUCUUGGUGGUUCCAAACUUCUUCAAUUUAAGAAUGAUGGAGGCCACUGUGUUCUUGGGGACCUUCAAUUAUGCAGACAUUUUUUGGUACCCUUCCCCAGAUCUGUGCCUCAACACAAUCCUGUCUCGGAGCUCUACGGACAAUUCCUUCGACCUCAUGGCUUGGUUUUUGCUCUGACAUGCACUGUCAACUGUGGGACCUUUAUAUAGACGUGUGUGCCUUUCCAAAUCAUGCUCAAUCAAUUUAAUUGACCACAGGUGAACUCCAGUCAAGUUGUAGAAACAUCUCAAGAAUGAUCAAUGGAAACAGGAUGCACCUGAGCUCAAUUUUGAGUCUCAUAGCAAAGGGUCUGAAUACCUUUGUAAAUAAGGUGUUUCUGUUUUUUUUCUACAAACCUGUUUUCUCUCUGUCGUUAUGGGGUAAUGUGUGUAGAUUGCUGAGGAUUUUUAUUUAUUUAAUCCAUUUUAGAAUAAGGCUGUAACGUAACAAAAUGUGGAAAAAGUCAAUGGGUCUGAAUACUUUCCGAACUUAUAUUUUGCUAAAUUACUACACACCAACAUUUAUCAAGGGGCUUGUACUGUAAUCAAUAGCACGCACAAAUUAAUCAUUCACAUCGAUAUUGUAUAGAAAUCAAUGGAUCUGGGACAAUGACCAUGACGACAUGUACUAUUUGCGCUCUUCUAAAGGACAAACCAUAACUAUCUUUGGUAUACUACAUAUAGCCUACCUGUGGAUAGAUGAAAACCUGUAGUAGCCAUUUAUCAGCUCAUCUCCUCGUGCCACAAUGAUGGCCAAAGGAAACCCAACACACUUUUUUGACUGCAUAAUUACAUCUAAUCAUCACCUCAGCUAGUUCUACAAACCAAAGAUAUGAAUCUGUUUAAAGCAAUCGAUUUAGUAUCAUUGAGAAAUGUACUUACUGUGAUAUGUGCUUGUCUCACCUAAUUAUCUUUAGAUUAAUGCACUAACUGUAAAUCGCUCUGAAUAACAGCGUCUGGUAAAUGUAAUAUUGAUGACUAUAAACGUUUAUAUCACCAAUCUGAGGUAAAAGGAAGUGUAAUUCCUCUCAAUUUGUGGUGAAAAUGCGAGCUUGUGUAAGGUAGUAACACAAACUGUCCAUAUUAGGGAAAUUAGAACAAUAUAAAAUGUAAUGUGACAAAAUAAUUCAACGUGUCAAUUUAAGAUGAUAGUAUAUGCUGCCCACUCACAAGCUUAUUGCACCUAUUUCUCACUUAUUAUACACUCAAACACAAUUUAACCUGGUGCUCUAGACUAGAGCUUCCAUAGUGUCUGUGCAGCAGCCUGAACGUUCAACGUCACUAAUAAUUGGCCAGAUUGCUUGUUAGCCAGUUGAUAACCAGCAUAGCGUUUAGCUCUAGCUAGGUAAUAGGCCAGCUCGCAAGCUAACUGUUGCCUACUUAGAAGUAACAGCAGUUACUUGACACCAUCUUUUUAACUGACUUAACUGUUGAGCAAAUAUUGUCUGAAGUUCUGUGUUCUGAUCACCUCUUUUGCUCCUUUCAGCAGAUUUGCAAUAUGGUGGCAGUAUUAGAAGUUAUCACAUAUUUGGAGAAGUUCCCUAUCACCAAAGAAGCACUUGAGGUAAGACCCAAAGCUUUGUACGUCUUUUUAAAUUGUUGCCAGUUACAAUGAUUCUGGUGUUCUUAACCACUUUUUAUUAUUAUACUGUUUUAUUACCAACUUAGGAAACUCGCUUGGGGAAACUGAUCAAUGAUGUGAGGAAGAAGACCAAGGAUGAAGACCUUGCCAAGCGUGCCAAGAAGCUUUUGCGGAGCUGGCAGAAAUUGAUCGAGCCGGGGCAAAAUGAGACUCCAUUGCGGGGGGCCGUUUGUGUCCCGGGCUCUGCCAAUGGCAGUGCCCACCCCUGUCAGACUGACGUUCCACCCCCUGACGUCUCACUGGCAGGCAAGGGUGUCCCAGAAGUCAAAACUAGAAAUGACGUCCACAACACCCACUCGCCGAAAGCGGAGAAGUCAAGCAUCAGAAAGCGUAGAGGGGAGCAAAGGGACAGUGUGCAUUUACCGGCCAAAAUCUCCAAGAUGUCCCCCUACGAGCAGAUGCACAACUCCACCCCGCCACCACCACCCACAAAUGGGAUUGCAGGUAGCCCUGAGGUUCCCCCAUCGCCGGACAGGGCCCGGACAGAGCACCUAGAGAAUGACAAACACAGUAGAAUCCCUGUCAAUGCUGUUAAGCCUCACCCCAGCUCCCCGGGCCUCACUAAACUACCUAGCACUUCCUCUUUACUCAAGACUGCUGUGUUACAGCAGCAGGCAAGGCUGGAUGAAGGAGGAGGGGGGUCGUAUCAAGCCAAAAGCCCCCGCUGUCUCUCAUCAAGUCUGCGGAGUCCACGGACUAUGAAGCAAGAGACGAUGUCCAAGCGCUCUUCAACAUAUGCACCAAAAGGGACUAUCCCAAGCCCAGCUCGGAGCCCUUGCUUGCUGUCGUCCCAGUUUUUAACGUCCCCAGCCAAAGUGUCUCAUGUGGAUGCGCUGCCACCCCCUGCCCAUAGGGCCUCACUGCACUGGCCCGGCUCCUCGGAGGUCACCACCCAUUCCCCACGCAACACUGCAACACUGGAACCCCCGCCGGUCUUCCCUCCCAACUCCCAGCCCGCCCCAACGAACUCUGAAAGCUCAGAACUCCACAGACCCACGCCCUCCUCCUCUGUAGUGGUGGUCAAGGCUGAGGCAGAAGUCGCUGCCUCCAGCUCGGACCGCAAAAAGAGGAAGAAGUACAGGUCCAGAGACUACGCUGUCAACCUGCAGGGGCAGGACACAGAGGACCAAAUGAAGCCUGUGCGGUUAAAAGAGCGCAGGCUAACGUUUGACCCUGUGACUGGGCAGAUCAAGUCCAUGGUACAUAAAGAACCCUCUCAGGUGGAGGAACCCCCAAGGCAACCUCCCCCUGAGCCCCAGCAGAGGACUCACCUGCCCUUACACCAGCAUCAGCCCCCCACCCCCAGCCCCUUCCAACAGACUAACUGGAAAGAGCUGUCCCGAAACGAGAUCAUCCAGUCCUACCUAAACCUUCAGAGCAACAUGCUAACAUCCUCGGGGGUCCAGGCCCCCGGCGCGCACUUUUUCAUGUCGGAAUACCUGAAACGGGAGGAGAGCGAUGUUAGGGAGGCGAGGCGAGGAGUGCACGUCUUGCAGCUGGACAGCUCGGUAACGGACACACCGGGGGUGAGCCGGGAGGUGACUGACGAGGACCUCCACAGAGUACAUACGGAGCACUGGCAAGGCGUAAACGGUUGUUGCGACACCAAGGGCACUUGGUACGACUGGACGGAGUGCAUAUCUUUGGAUCCACACGGGGAUGAGAGCAAACUAAACAUCCUGCCUUACGUCUGCCUAGACUGAGGAGAAGGGGUGUCUCUCUUUCACUUGACAGAGGAAGGAAAACAAUUUUUUUUGCCCACUGUGAGUUGGGGAAAGCCAGAACUGCAAAACUCCCUCCGUGCCUCCCUCUCAGAGAUAAUCGAAUGAGGUUUUGGUAAAAAAAAAAAAAAAAA